CUGUGGCCGCCGCCGCGAGCCCGACAACCGCCAACCGUCAACUAACCGCCAACCAACCGCCAGACCAGAUUCAGCUGUAAAUGCAUCCCAGACAGCGAGCACAGGAUGAAGAAGGCAAGCAGGUCUGCUACUGCAGCAUCCAAACUACAGUGUAAACUGCCGACCACUGAGAAGGGCAAAUCAGACAACUGUUCGGUAACUUCAGCCACCAAGACUUCAAAAACGACAGGGAUCACAGCAGCAUUAACUAAGACCAAGAGCAGGAGCAAUGAUGAUCUGUUGGCUGGCACGGCUGGCGGACUAACAGUAAACAAUAAUACCAAAGUGAAGAAGAACGUUUGUUCAUCAGCGGCGGGACCCACAAGCUUUUCAGCUUCUGGAUUGACCACAAACUCUAACCAAGACAGCAAAGCAAAGCACACGGCAGGUAUGAGUGCUGCCGCCAAGAGGAAUGUAUCUGCAGGAAAUAAAGACAUCACCUCAAACAGAGACAAAAUUCGAGAUCGCCCACGACCAAACAUAAGCAAGAAAUUGUCAUCCGCCGGCCAGGGAGGUAACGAGGCAGCAAAACGCUCACGUAACCGGAUUUCAACAGAGUCUGAGACUAGAAUAAGCAAGUCAAAGUCUGAUAGCCAGAUAAGUGAUAAAGCGGCUUUGGAAGGAAAGGUAAAGGAUCUUUUGGCUUUAGCUAAGAAUAAGGACGUGGAGAUUCUACACCUGAGAAAUGAAUUGAGAGACAUGCGUUCACAACUGGGACUGAGCAGCGACUUAUUGGAGGGAGAGGAAAAGGCUGAAGAGAAAGAGAGUACGACGCUUCAGCCUAGAGAUGUGGAGUCCAGCCUUCUCCAGCUGGAAGAGCAGAACUGUGCAAUCCGGGAUGAACUGAACCAACUGAAGAAUGAAAACAGAAUGUUGAAGGAUCGACUGAACGCUCUUGGCUUCUCUUUAGAGCAAAGGUUAGACAGCACAGAAAAACUGUUUGGUUAUCAGUCCUUGAGUCCUGAAGUGACUGCGGGCAGUCAGAGUGAUGGUGGAGGCACCUUCGCAUCUUCUGUGGAGGGAUCGGCACCUGGAUCCAUGGAAGAUCUUUUAAGCCAGGAUGAGAACACAUUGACCGACAACCGUAGCAAUUCCAUGGACAACCUGGACAGUGAAUCGAGUGAGGUGUACCAGCCUCUUACCUCCAGUGAUGAUGCUUUAGACGCUCCCUCAUCAUCCUCCGAGUCUGAAGGUGCACCAAGCAGGGAAUGCUCCAGGAAAGGAAGUAGUGGCAAUGCAAGUGAGGUUUCUGUGGCUUGUUUAACAGAGCGCAUUCACCAAAUGGAGGAAAACCAGCACAGCACAGCAGAGGAACUGCAAGCUACUCUUCAGGAACUUGCAGAUCUUCAGCAGAUAACACAGGAACUAAACUCUGAAAAUGAGAGGUUGGGUGAAGAAAAGGUCAUUCUGAUGGACUCUUUAUGCCAGCAGAGUGAUAAAUUGGAACAUUUCAGUCGACAGAAUGAGUACUUCCGCACGCUCCUGGAUGAGCACCACAUCUCUUAUGUCCUAGAUGAAGACGUGAAGAGUGGCCGCUACAUGGAGCUGGAGCAACGGUACAUGGAUCUGGUUGAAAAUGCUCGCUUUGAACGUGAGCAGCUUCUUGGAGUGCAACAGCAUCUCAGCAACACACUGAAAAUGGCAGAGCAGGACAACAAGGAUGCUCAGGAGUUGAUUGGUGCACUUAAAGAACGUAACCACCACAUGGAGCGGAUCAUGGAAUCGGAGCAAAAAGCCAAAGCAGCGCUUGCUGGGGCUUUAGAAGAAUAUAAAGCAACUGUGGCAAAUGAUCAGAUUGAGGUGAACAGAUUCAAGGCGCUGCUGGAACAUGAGAAGCAGAAGGUGGCAGAGUUGUAUGCUUUCCACAACGCGAGUGACAAGUCUGAUUUACAAGAGCUAUUGGAGAACACGCGACUGGACAAAGAGAGGAUCGAGGCCUUGUACAAUAAUCUACAGGAGGAGCUGGCCCACACUCGCAAUGAUGCCAAUCGACUGCAGGAUGCCAUUACUAAGGUUGAAGAUGAAUAUAGAACUUUCCAGGAUGUUGCCAAAAAGCAGAUUGAAGAUCUUAACUUGACCCUGGACAAACUCCGAACUGAAGCAGAAGAAAAGGAAACUGAAAUCAGUGACAUGAAAGAGACUAUUUUUGAACUAGAGGAUGAAGUGGAACAGCAUCGAACUGUCAAACUCCAUGAUAAUCUCAUCAUUUCUGAUUUGGAAAACACUGUUAAAAAGCUUCAAGACCAGAAGCAUGACAUGGAGAGAGAGAUUAAAAUCCUUAACCGCAAGCUCAGGGAAGAGUCGGCUGAGUGGCGGCAGUUUCAGGCUGACCUACAAACUGCAGUUGUUAUUGCAAAUGAUAUUAAAUCGGAGGCACAAGAAGAAAUCAGUGAUCUCAGACGCAGACUGCAUGAGUCAGUGGAUAAAGCUGACAAACUCAACAAGGAGUUAGAGGAAGUAAAGACACGGAAGCAAGAUGAAGAACGUGGCCGUAUGUACAAUUACAUGAAUGCUGUCGAGCGAGAUCUCGCUGCUCUGAGACAAGGCAUGGGACUGAGCCGCAGAUCAUCCACCUCCUCAGAACCAUCCCCAACAGUCAAAACACUUAUUAAAUCUUUUGACAGUGCUUCUCAAGUUGUCCCCAGUACGACCACAGCUGCCAUUCCUCGAAGCCCUCUCAGUCCAAGCCCCUUGAAAACACCUCCAGCAGCUGCUGUUUCACCAAUGCAGAGACAUGCCAUCAGUGGACCGAUCUCUACACCAAAGCCUCUCUCAGCACUAACAGACACAAGACAGAGUUACACUGAUUUGUCUCUCCCAGCGGAUCAUUUACUUAGAUCUUCCUCGGCCAAUAGAUCUCCAGCCUCUUUACAGCGAGUUCAGACUAUUGACUCGGCUAAAUCCAUUUCGGUGUCUCGCAGAAGCAGUGAGGAAAUUAAACGUGAAAUCACGGCUGCAGAUGGCUCUACCCCAACCUCACUAAUGGGAAUGGGAACCACAUCGCCACAACUGUCCUUGUCAUCUUCAUCUCCCACCGCAUCAGUCACUCCAACUGCUCGUAGCCGCCUCAGAGAGGAAAGGAAAGAUCCAUUAUCAGCGUUAGCCCGUGAAUAUGGAGGCUCAAAGAGAAAUGCAUUGCUGAAGUGGUGUCAGAAGAAGACUGAAGGUUACCAAAAUAUUGACAUCACAAAUUUCAGCAGCAGUUGGAAUGAUGGGCUUGCUUUCUGCGCUCUGCUUCACACGUACCUUCCAGCACAUAUUCCCUACCAGGAGCUGAACAGCCAGGACAAGCGAAGACAUUUUUCCCUCGCCUUUCAGGCGGCUGAAAGUGUUGGCAUCAAGUCUACAUUGGACAUCAAUGAGAUGGUGAGCACAGAACGACCUGACUGGCAGAGCGUGAUGCAGUACAAUGGUUUGGUGACAGGUCAACGUGCAAAGGGAAUCAUUGGUAUUUUCUGGAUUCUCUCCUUUAUCAUUGGCUUGACCCCAAUGUUGGGUUGGAACAAAUCAAAUCACAUUGAAGACGAUCAAAUGAAUGGAACAAUUAACUGCAGGCAUGGCAUGGUCCCAUGCCUAUUUGAAGAGGUAGUAACAAUGGAUUACAUGGUUUAUUAUAAUUUUUUUGCCUGUGUGCUAAUGCCUUUACUGAUAAUGUUUGGAAUUUACCUGAAGAUUUUCAUGGCAGCCCGUCAUCAACUCAAGCAAAUGGAAAUGAAAAUAGUGCACACUGAGAGGACACAGUCCACUCUUCAGAAAGAGUUCCAUGCAGCAAAGUCCUUAGCUAUCAUUGUGGGUCUCUUUGCUGUGUGCUGGCUUCCAUUGCACAUUAUAAAUGGUGUUAACCUCUUCUGUCCAGGCUGCAAGCCACCUCGCCCAUGGAUGAUGUACAUCGCCAUCGUCCUGUCACAUGCUAACUCGGUGGUGAAUCCUUUCAUUUAUGCGUACAGGAUUAGGGAGUUCCGCAUCACCUUCCGGAAGAUUAUAAAAAGGCACUUCCUGAGGAAGGCAGAACAUUCGUUCAAAAAUCAGAGCAUAAGGAGCUCCAUUCAUACAAAUGAGGAAAGAAUAAAUGUUGAUGUCAACGGGUAUGUUUUAGAUAUUGUCGCUGCUUGUGCCAUUGAGAAAGAUGAUGCUGUAGAAGACAACAAAAAUAAAGAAAUUUGCCAGAAUGGACAUGCAACGGAUUGCCAGCAAAAUGGAACUAGCAAAGAAUGCCAUCUAAACAAGGCUAUUUAUGAUCCAAAUGGUGACCGGCUGGAGUGUCCUGAGAGCGGGGACUGCUGCGAAGUCCACCUCAAUGCAGCCUUUUUAGAGAAGACUUCCUGUGUGGCUCUCACCGACGUCUCCUGACCUUCAUUUAAACUUGGCUCCAACACAGUUUGUGUCCUCUUUGUUAUCAAGGUAGCAGGAGAAGAAAGGAUGUCUGUCAUUCCAUGGUACAACAACGCUGAGAGAGAGAGACUCAAUUCCCAAGGAACAAUAAGGGGACAAUAAGUUUGGGGUUAGGUAAAAAAUGUUUUAGGAGUAAUGGCAGCACAUGAAUAAAACCUUUGUUUUCUGGGAAGUUCCUGAGUUUCAUUUAAGUGCUUCCAUCCUCGGACAAAUCUACAGAACUAGCCAGGCUCUCAGGUUUACGUUUUCGGAACAUGUAAAUCAACAGGACCAGGAAAGACCAUUGCAGUGCAUUUGCCAUUUCCCCAAACUUGUUUUUU